GCGUGGGGCGGGGCCGGGCUGCCGGAAGACCCGCGCGGAUCGACCGGUGCCGCUUCCGGCCCGGCACAAUGGCGGCGAGGCGGUAGCGGGCGGGCCGGCGGCGGAGGCCGGGUGAACAGUGUCUACUGUGGGGAAAGAGGAUUAUUCAGAUAAUGUAGAAUGGCUUUAGGGCCAUUCUUGUUACUGCCACCUGCAUAUUCUACACGCUACAAAGUUCUUUCAGUCAUGCUUUCAAAGCUUUUCUGUAAUGAGCUGAGACUGAUGUGGACUUUUAAAAGUAGUUAUCUGUCCUAAAGGCGUUUAGACCUUAAUGCCCAGAAAAGCCAUAGGCUGUCUCUGUGUUUUGUGAAUCACCCAUAGGUGUCAGACAUUUUAAGAGAAGAAAUCUGGCUGAGUUUUGAACUGCCUUUUGCUUGUUUGGAACAAAUUUUGCUUUCCACCAAGACAUGCUUGCCUUGAUGGUAUUACGGAACCAGGGCUUUGAUUGUUGAGAUUUCCAUAACAAAUAAUAACCAGUGUUUAUCCCUCGAUUAAUUUUAAAGUACAACUUUUAACUCUUUAAUUUCUAUGUGGGAGUCACUAAAUUGAAGAGCAAUAAUCAUGGGAGAUGCUGCAAAACCUUGCUUUGCCAAACAAAAUAAGGAACAGGAAAUUUUACAUCAAGGAGAAUUAAAAGGAAGUCCCUUACAGAAAGACUACCGAGUCAUGGAUGAAUACGGAAAUGGCCAUAGCAAUAAAAUAGAAAUCAGCCUGCAAAAGAAAAAGGGAAGACCAGGUUACUACGGAAGCAGCCCCAGGCGAGGACCACGUAAUGUUUUGAGUAGCCCAAACGCACUGAAAACCACAACUUACAGUCAAGGGUCAAAGUUAAAUGAUACCCAGAGAGACCAAAUGAAGAAGUGGGUAUCUGAUGACCACCGUGGUACUUCUGACAGCUGGAGAGAGUACAGAUCUGUUGCCUGGAUUCCUGUGCAUAGCAGGACAAGAAGGGACUCUUUUCAUGAAGUUGAAGGUACUGGAAACAGAAGUGUAAGACGACGACUUCAGGAAGAUGUAAUGAAUGAAGAUGUGACAGGCGUGCAGAAAGGAAGCUCUGAAAUGAAGAAGCUUAGGAAACCAAGAAAAUUGAGAAGAACUAGAAAAGAUGAGUAUGAUCAAGAUGAAGUGGAUGGUCCGGUCAUAGAUGAAUCUGUGCUGUCAGCAAAAGAACUUCUAGGGUUGCAACAAGCUGAAGAACGAUUGAAGAGAGACUGCAUUUAUAGACUGAAGAAGCAACCUCGAAGCUACCCAUCAGCAAAAUAUGCCUGCAAAUUGUGUGAUGUUUUGAUUGAGUCGGUGGCUUUUGCUCAUAAGCAUAUUAAAGAGAAAAGACACAAGAAAAGCCUAAAGGAAAAGCAAGAAGAACAGAUGCUGACUGCUCUGCCUCCUCCAACACCUUCCCAGAUAGAAGCUAUUGGUGUUGCUAUUGAAAAAGUAGUGCAGGAGUUUGGCUUAAAUAAUGAAGAUCUAGAAGAAAGGCUCAACAUUAAAACAGUGAUGGAAAGUUUACUGCGUCAAAAAUUGCCAGAGUGCUCAUUGAGACUGUAUGGUUCCUCCUAUAGCAGACUUGGUUUCAAAACUUCAGACAUAAACAUAGAUAUCCAGUUUCCUGCCAAUAUGACUCAACCAGAUGUUCUCUUACUUGUGCAAGAAAGUCUCCAGAACAGUGAAUCUUUUAUGGAAGUUGAUGCAGAUUUCCAUGCUAGAAUACCAUUGGUGGUGUGCAGAGAAAAGCAAAGUGGCCUUAUUUGUAAAGUGAGUGCAGGGAAUGAGAGUGCUUGGCUGACAACAAACCAUUUGGCUACACUUGGAAAACUGGAACCUAGUGUAGUACAUUUAGUGAUAGCCUUCAGGUACUGGGCAAAGCUGUGCUGUCUUGAUCAUCCUGAAGAGGGAGGCUUGUCACCUCAUGUGUUCGCUUUAAUGGUUAUUUUUUUUCUACAACAAAGGAAAGAGCCUUUUCUACCUGUCUAUUUGGGAUCAUGGAUUGCAGGAUUCUCAUUAAACAAAUUAACUAAUUUUCAUCUGAGAGAAGUUGAGAAUGAUGCUGUGGUUUGGGAGCAUAACCCCAUUGAUGAUUCUGGUUUGCCACAAGAAACUUCCCCUAGAAGGGGCAAGGUUCCCUUAGUAUUUGAUUCAGGACAGCAGUGCUCAGCACCUGCUGGUCAGCUCUGGGUGGAACUGCUUCGUUUCUAUGCCUUGGAGUUCAAUAUGUCUGAUUUGGUUAUUAGCAUACGACUGAAAGAAAGACUGUCUCGUGAAUCAAAGGACUGGCCUAAAAAGCGCAUUGCUGUGGAAGAUCCAUAUUCAGUCAAAAGGAACGUAGCAAGAACUCUGAGCAGUCAGCUAGUAUAUGAGUAUAUUCUUCACUGCCUGAGAGCAACUUACAAGUAUUUUGCCUUGCCUCACAAAAGAAGUGCAAAUUUGAGCAAAAAAUCCUCUCCAAAUGCCAGUGAGGAGAAAUCCCUAGUGCUGGACUAUGGAAAAGAUGCUAUAAAGCAUGAAAAUUCUGAGUUGCAAAAGUUGGAUGAUAGAACAAGCACAACAGUAGUGGAAGUCUGCACAACAGAGACUCGAGGUACGCCCCAGGUGCAUAGAAUUGAUCCUUCAAAACUGUGUGAUGGCUCAGAAAGCUUCACAGAAGAAGAACUGGCUGAUGAUACAGGUCAUUUGGGAAUUGCCCAUGAAGAUUCAGACUGUAUAAUUGAGGAAGUUAUUUCUGGAGAUAAUGAGGAUUCUAAACCAAGUUGUGAAGAGACAGAGAGUGGAAAUGAAGAGGAAGAAGAGGAGGAAGAGGAAGAACAUGAACAACAAAUAAGAAGAUGGAAUAAUAUCUUGACUACAGAGCAGGGAAUAGAUGAAGACAGUGAUAGUGGAGAUCUCCCUGUUACAGUGAAUGAGCAUGAUAUAGAGACAUGCAGUGCUUCAGACUUAGAAGGUUUUCAAAAUGCUUUACUUACAGAGAGUGAUGAGUUUGGCUUAGAGUGCAGUGGUAUAAUUGAUGACAAGAUUGACAUUGAUGAGGAGAGCACUGAAGGUACUGAUGAAUUGGUUGAAUCCCCCAAAAAAUUCAUAUGUUCAGCACAGAGCCAAAUAUCCCAAAUUAUUAACUCAGAUGAGGAGGAAGAAGAGGAGGAAGAACCAAGCCUUCUCAACCAGAGAGAGUGUGGUGGUGUCAUAAGAGCUGGAGAUGAACUAGAUAACACAUAUAUUGGAUCGGGAGAUGACGAUGCACUGUCAGAGGAAGAAGAUUUUUCCAUCCCAAAUAAAUAUAAGAACAAACAUUUUGAAGAAAAUUUGGAUGAACCUCUGGGGAUCAAUUUGAGUCAAGAAGAUCUUACUGAGAAGGGAAGCCUUUCUGAAGAGAACAGAACAAUAGAACAGUGUUCAGAAUCAGAACUUUUUUAUGAAUUCAGUAAAACAGCUUUUACAAAGGGCAAGUCUCCUACAAUAGUCUGUAGCUUGUGCAAACGGGAAGGUCAUUUAAAGAGGGACUGUCCAGAAGACUUCAAGAAAAUUGAGCUUGACCCACUUCCAGUGCUGACACACAAAUUUUCAGUUAUUCUAGAUCAAGUUUGUGUCCAAUGUUACCAUGAUUUUGCUCCAAAUAUUGUAGAGGAUCAGGCUCGGGAACAUAUAAGACAAAACUUGGAAAACUUCAUUAGGCAGGAUUUCCCAGGAACCAAGCUGAAUUUGUUUGGCUCCUCAAAAAAUGGUUUUGGCUUCAAAGAAAGUGACCUUGAUAUCUGUAUGACAGUGGAUGGACUGGAAACUGCUGAGGGACUGGACUGCAUCAGAAUCAUUGAAGAUUUAGCAAAAGUUCUCAAGAAACAGCCAGGUUUAAGAAAUGUCUUGCCUAUAACAACUGCUAAAGUCCCAAUUGUCAAAUUUUUCCAUGUCAGAAGUGGUCUUGAAGUAGACAUCAGUUUAUAUAAUACUCUGGCCCUGCAUAACACAAGGCUCCUGUCAUCAUAUGCAGCCAUUGAUCCUAGGGUAAAAUAUCUGUGUUACACAAUGAAAGUCUUUACGAAGAUAUGUGACAUUGGAGAUGCAUCUCGAGGUAGCCUUUCUUCUUAUGCAUAUACUCUUAUGGUGCUUUAUUUUCUUCAACAGAGAAACCCACCUGUCAUCCCUGUUCUUCAAGAGAUCUACAAAGAACCAAAAAAGCCUGAAAUUCUAGUUGAUGGCUGGAACGUUUAUUUCUUUGAUAAGAUAGAAGAGUUGCCAGUUCUUUGGCCAGACUGUGGCAAAAACACUGAAACUGUUGGGCAGCUGUGGCUGGGACUUCUCCGUUUCUACACAGAAGAAUUUGAUUUCAAAGAGCAUGUCAUAUGCAUUAGGAGAAAAAAUCUGCUUACAACUUUCAAGAAGCAGUGGACCUCCAAAUACAUUGUAAUUGAAGACCCCUUUGAUUUGAACCACAAUCUCGGAGCUGGAUUGUCAAGAAAAAUGACAAAUUUUAUAAUGAAGGCUUUUAUCAAUGGCAGAAGGGUAUUUGGUACCCCUAUAAAAAUAUUUCCUAAAGAAUAUCCAUCAAAAAUGGAGUACUUUUUUGAUCCAGAGGUACUAACAGAAGGAGAAUUGGCACCAAAUGAUAGAUGCUGCAGAAUUUGUGGCAAAAUUGGCCAUUUCAUGAAAGAUUGUCCUAUGAGAAGAAAAAUAAGACGGCAUCAUGAUUACGAAGAUACUAAAACCCAGAGGUACACAGAAAACAAGGAGAAAAGAAGCAAAGAGGACAAAGAAGCUCAGAAUAAAACAACAGAAAAGGAGAGCUCAAUCAAGGAGGGCAAGUUGCAUCUAGGUACACCUCAGAAGAGGAAACCAGCAAGGGUAAUAGCGGAAGCUGGAAGAGAAAAGAAUCCCAGGCAAUCAGCAGAGAAGUGGAAGCGCCCAGAAGACAGAGACUUAAGAGAAAAACGUUGUUUUAUCUGUGGAAGAGAAGGUCAUAUUAAAAAGGAAUGCCCACAGUAUAAAGGAGCUGCAGGUGGUUCAAAACCAGAAGUGUUGUGUGGAUCCUCUUCUUUACCCAGUGCUGCCAAACAUGCUGGUAGAUUAAAUCAGGGAGUGUUUAUACAUGAAGAAAAAAAGAAACAAAAAGGAAAAGUAUUUUUGAGUCCCCAGUCAGGUUUGUAUGUCUUCAUUUCAGUUCAGAAAUUCUCUGUAAAUGUAUUUUUAACUUGCUUUCUCCAUCAGUCCAUAUGUGAACUUUGCCUAAUCUGCUAAUCACAGCAGCAGUCUGUACAGGUUGAUAGAUGAUUCUGAAGUGAAGCCACUUUCGUUUUUUUAUGGGGAACGUGUGCAGUUUUUCAGUUUUGUUUUGGCAGCAAAACUUAGGCAUGUCAGUUCUGUGCAUUUUUUCUUUAACUCUGGUAGAUUUAUUUUGCAGAAGGAUAUUGUGUGUUUUUACCAAUCUCUCUCAUCUCUCCUCUUUUGGCAUACAUGGGGUUCUGUGUUUCUUCAGGGACAACAUGUGGAGAGCUUUCUUGUGAGGCUCCCUCAGAGUAAUUGUCUAGAAUUCCACAUGAUCAACUAACUUAGGAAAGACUAUCAAAGCCCAUCCUUGGUCUGAGCUGCCAAACUGCAAUGAAGUUAAAAUUAUACUUACAAGUAGCAGUUGGAUGAUAAUAUAAAGGCUUUUAUGUACCCUCUCUGUAUCAGAGAUGUUUUGUGUUAGAUGCACAGUUACAAAUGCAGCUUCCUUACAGUAAUUUCACACACUUAUUAACAGGUACAAUGAAGAUUUUAAAAGCAACUGCUUUUUUUUUUUAGUUACUUUUGAUCUUCUAGUGCAACUCUGCAAACAUUUUAGCAGCCUGGGUUUUUUCAAUAAAAUAUAUAAAUCAUAUCUGGUGCACCUGAAGGGGGACCUAAGUAGUCUCUACAAACUUUAGAAACCUAAACUGCAAUUAAGUGUCUCAGUUUGGUUGGGAAGACACAGUAUUUUCUAGUUUUACUGCAAGGCUUUUUCAAAUCCAAGUUUGGGGAUUUUAAUCACAAAGUGAUUUGUCAUUAGGUGUUCAAUUAAAAAAAAAUGCUAUUUUCAAUUUUGUAUUUUAAUAUUUCCUACUAUCCUCCAACAGGUAAUGAUCUAAAGUUGAUCUGUGUGUGCUUUCAUUAUAGUUUGACUCAACAGUAAUUUUCUCCUGUCUGAUUGUUUCAGCUGUUUCAUGCCUUGUCUUUUUUUUUUAACCUUUGAAGUGUGAUGCUUUCUUCUUCCCAAUCCCAGGCAGCCUUUCCAAUAAAUACAUGACUCAGGGAAAAGCCUCGCCGAAGAGGACCCAACAAGAACCAUGAGAAAUCUUACACACUGUUAAAUUGCAAUACAGGCCCUUCAUUCAUUUAAAAAAAUUUUCUUUGGCUAAAGCAUCUGGAUUCACAGGACAGCAGCACAGACAACCUUUAAAUUCAGCUUAAUGAAAUAUGAGUGGUUUAAUUUAGAUUACUAGUACAAGCAACGAUGGAUUUUAGUAUGGACCCCCACUCUUAAAUAGAUUGUUUGAGCAUAUUAAUAGAAAGCCAUGAUAUUUUGUAUUUGUUUAAUAGGUAAAUCAUAUAGAAAAGGGCAGGUACUAAAAGUGGACUGGUUUCAAGGUUUUGUUGUUCCACCUGACCACUUUAAAAUGCACUAAAAUUGUGUGCAAGCCAAAUACGUUAUAUUUUCUUCAAAAAUUGAUUUUUUGAAGGAGCAGAUAAUAUUUAUUAAUGUUGAUUGUUUACUGAAUCCUUGUGUAAAAGUGUUUUAAAUGUUUGUAGACUUCUACGUUAUUUUUUUUCCGUAGAGAACUGAAAAUAUAGACACUAGUAAACAUACGUAAAGCAAUCUCUGGACAAGCAGUGCCAUUGGGAUUUCGUGGGGUUUUUUCUGUUCUGUGAGUUUAUGGGAAUUCAUUUGCUGCUGUGCUUGUGUACAGGAAGAAAGAAAGACUAAGAAACAGGGCAGUCCUGUUUGAUGCUGCUAAGAAUUUUUUUCAAGGCCUUGGGGAUACAGACAAAAAUGCUUUAAGGAAUAGAGGUAUUAUAUUUGGCAACUGGGGAAAACACAUGUCCAUUUUCAUUAAAUGUGAAGAGGAUCUUUGUACCAGCCAAGAAUUUAAUUAGUAGUAAGAACUUGAGCUUUACUUGAAGUCCUUCCAGAGCUGGUAAUGUACCGUCUUAUCUUGUUCAGGAAAUAAUUAGUUACAUAGUAAAAUUGAAACCACUGUUAUUUAUGACUUUGAAAUAAAAUUUAAGAAAAAAAAUAAGGAAAUCAGA